AUGCUUGGGAAUAAAUCUUUCACGAUCAAUGGGGCCGCCUGCGGAGCUGAGGCUCUGGUUUUGGCCCUCAUCACCUCUCUUGGAGGUUUUCUGUUUGGCUACGAUACUGGACAAAUCUCAGCUAUGCUCUUGUUCGACGACUAUGUCGAUCGCUUCGCUCAAACAAAAGAGGACGGAACCAAAUACUGGGUACCUGCUAUUCAGGGAAUCCUCGUUUCUCUCAUGAGCAUCGGGUGCCUUAUCGGCGCCUUGUCGGGUUCUUACACUGCCGAUUGGUACGGUCGCAGAAAGAGUCUCAGUAUUUUCGUGGUCAUUUUUAUCCUCGGCAAUGUCAUCCAAAUCACAGCUAUGUACUCAUGGGUCCAUAUGAUGAUAGGCCGUCUCGUCGCCGGUCUUGGUGUCGGCGCCCUUUCAAUCGGCGUGCCUAUGUUCCAAAGCGAGUGUGCUCCGCGGGAGAUACGAGGCGCCGUCGUUUCAUCAUACCAGCUUAUGAUCUGCUUCGGCAUCCUCAUCUCGAACAUUGUCAACUAUGGCGUGCGGGAGAUUCAAGAGAGCGAUAUCUCAUGGCGUAUCGUCAUUGCCAUCGAGAUGGCCUGUUCGAUUCCCCUCGGUCUUGGCGUUCUUGCUUCUCCCGAAUCGCCUAGGUGGCUUGCCAUGAAAGAGGAUUGGGAAGGUGUGCGACUUUCUCUUGGUCGACUGAGGGGAAUGGUGGACGAUUUGAAGAACCCUCUGAUUGAAGACAACGUUCAGGAAAUGAGAGCACUCCUGGAAGAGGAACGCAAGGUCGGCCAGGGCAGCUGGCUGGAGUGUUUUGCUGUCAAAAACACAGCACCAAAGGUUCUCUACAGAACACUUCUCGGCAUGUCCAUUCAAUUCUUCCAGCAAUGGACCGGCGCAAACUACUUCUUUUACUACGGCGCAACAAUCUUCGAGUCCGCUGGCAUCGACGACCCAAUUCUGGUCCAGCUAAUCCUCGGAGCCAUUAACGUCGGCAUGACCUUUUUCGGGAUCUACUCUGCAGAAAAGUUCGGUCGACGCUGGCCUCUGAUCAUCGGAGGCUUGUGGCAAACAGCCUGGCUCCUCAUAUUUGCCUCGGUUGGAACAGCCAUAGACCCCGAAGACAGCAGCUCCAGCGGAAUUGUCAUGAUUGUAUCUGCUUGCAUGUUUAUUGCUUCUUUCGCUGUCAGUUGGGGUCCUCUUGGUUGGGUUGUUGUCGGAGAAGUGUUUCCUCUUCGAACUCGUGCCAAGCAGGCUGCGCUGGCUACUGCAAGCAACUGGCUUGCAAAUUUCCUCAUCAGCUUUCUAACCCCGUUUGCUGACGCCGGUAUAUCCUAUGCUUUUGGCUAUGUCUUCGCUGGGAUGAACCUGAUCGGCACCUUGAUCACUUAUUUCUUCCUCUACGAGUCAAAGACCCUUAGUCUUGAGCAUAUUGACAUGAUGUACUGUCUCCCUGAUCUGAAGCCCUGGGACAGUGCAAAGUGGGCUCCUCCAGGCUACGUAAGUCGCGAGAAGAAGGAUGAAUCUUAUAUGGAGGAGAUGGCUGUCGGUAAGGAGACUGAAAAUGUUGUUCAUAGCGAUAGCGGUGUGGAGUAA